CCAAUUAGAUUGCCUCAAAAGAACUACAACUCCCAACAGUACGAUACAGACAUGUUAAUGACGUGUAAGGAAAUGCCCUACGAAGAUCCUUCACCCAAAAAUGUAACGUUACAUCUCAGGUCGAAAUAGGUGUAUUUCUUUCCAUCUUCAAAUUGCCAUAACCAAUGCCAGAAGAAAUGUCAAUUUUCCCAAGAAUUGCAUUGAAGCCAGAAGUUCAUGAUUACUUGAGGAAUGUCUUCAUAAACAAGGAGGUGCUGGCUGCAGUGAGUCAAGGAGAGGCAGAGCAGAGGUUCCAGAGGCUGCUGUCCUGCCUGUCCCACCCGCCUGCCUUGACCUGUGUACGAGCCAGCACUCACCUGGCUUCCCUGGAGGAGAUCCAACACAGGCUUGGGGAGGAACUCAAACAGCAGAAGUGUGACUCUCAGUCUGAAGACAUUUCCGUUACUAUUCUCCCCCACCCACACAUUCCAGAUGUGCUGCUUCUUCCUGUCAUCGGGCCUAGGCCUGUGGUCCAGCUGACCUCGGAGGUCAUAGUAGGCGCUCAGUGUGGCAGUGCUGUUCUGAGGGGAGCGCACGUCUUCGCCCCAGGGAUCCUCGCCACACCCAAGUUCAUGAAGACAGGAGAUGCUGUGUCUGUGUUCUCGGACCUGGAGGGGAAGUGCACACGGGGGAACAAGGACUUUAAGGGAAAGAAAGUGUUUGUGGGAAAUGGAGUCGCUGAAAUGGACCGCUCCAACAUCUUCUGCUCAGACGAACCAGUCAAGGGCGUUGGUAUUCGGAUGGUAGAGCCCCUGUACCAGAGCCCCUCCUUCGAUGGGGUACUACCCAGUCUGGCGUUCCUACAGAACCUCCCAUCGGUGGUGGUGGGUCACGUGCUGGGGCCCCGUCCUGGAGAGCGCAUCCUGGAUAUGUGUGCUGCUCCCGGGGAGACCUGCCAUAUCGCUGCCCUGAUGGGGGACAGGUGAGAGAGUGGAGAGGUAGUGGCCCUGGAUAAGAUCAGAGGCAAGGUGGAGCGCAUCCGUCAGAACGCCAAAGCGCUGCAUCUGGACUGCAUCAAAGCCCACUGCUUCAAUAGCAUCAAGGCUGUGUGCACUGACCAGGCCCAGGACACUGAGGGUCCACCCUUCCCUCCACAGAGUUUUGACCGGGUGUUGCUGGAUGCUCCGUGUAGCGGUCUAGGCCAGAGACCCAGCAUGGUCUGUACCUGGAACCUGAAGGAGAUCUGCUCCUACCAGCCUCUACAGCGCAAGCUCUUCCACACCGCGGUACGGCUCCUGAAGAGAGGUGGAGUCCUGGUGUACAGCACCUGCACUGUGACUCUGUCAGAGAACGAGGAGCAGGUGGCCUGGGCCCUUAACACCUUCCCCUGCCUCACACUACAGCCUCAGGAGCCCCACAUCGGAGCAGAGGGCAUGCUGGGAGCUGGCCUGUCACCUGAGCAGCUGCGUCUCCUCCAGAGGUUCAGUCCUGAGUUGGGCUGGAGCGCGGCCGAGGCCAGGGGAGAGGAUGGCAGCCCCACAGAACAGCCAGAGUCCCCAACCCCCCUCGCACACCGAGCCAACAAGGACACUAUUGGCUUCUUCAUUGCCAAGUUCCUGAAGAGCUGACAGGACUAGACUAGCAGUACCCUCCCCAUCUGGUUAGAACCGAGCUGUUCUCCCUGCCUUCACACAGGGCCUGCAGAGAGGAAUAAUGGUGUUUACACCUCUCACUGUACUCAGGCAGGAGAGCAUUUAGAACACACACUCCCUGUGCGGUUUACAACAUCCACCUCUGUGCCUGCCUGGCUGCCUACUAAAACACUGGCCCAUAUAGGGAUGACUUGUAUAAACAGAGAGGGGAGGGAGGGAGGGAUUGAGCAAGAUGAAAAAACAUUUAUGGGCGAGUAAGGGAGAAAAUGCGUAGGGUGGAUGAGUAUCGGCAAAUGCAGUUCUGCUGCCGUUCGCCUCGUCGCCAUGACAACAGUGACGACACAGCUGCCCUGGUGACAGCGGAUUUGCUGGCUCUGGGAGCGUAGAUCAGGAAGUAGCGUGCUGAAAGAGGUCACGAGGUAUUAACAAUUUACUGCCUUUUAGUUAGUGUUUUAAAAACAAGGAACCGGUAUGGUUAUUUUUUACUGGAACAAGAUGGCAUCACACAGCUAUUCCUCAGUUUAUGCUCUCUCUACAUUCAACAGAUUUUGUUACUUUACUUAUCCCCUUUUCUCUCAAAUAAAUUGAAAAUAAACUAAA